GGCUGGAGCGCAGGGCGGUUGCUGGCUCGGUUCUGCGCCUCCCGCAUUCUCCUCGGCUGCCGGCGGACUGCGCGGCCGUGGCUCGCGGCGCUCCGGGGGCUCCAGGAAGAGUUCCUAUAGAAGUCAGUCUGAGAAUCUGGAGAGAGAACCUGGGGAAUGGUCGUCUCCUUUCAGCGGUUACUGACUGAUAUACACUUUUCCUAUUUUUCAGUGCAGCUAUUCAGAUGAAGCUUUCCAGUGCUAAUAUAGCCUAGGCUGUCUUAUUAAAGGCUUUGAAGGUGUUUAAGCUCUGAAUACUUGCAAGCUCUCCAUACAUAGAACUAUGUCUGGCUCAUACGAUGAUUCUGUUGGAGUAGAAGUUUCUAGUGAUAGCUUCUGGGAGGUUGGAAAUUACAAGCGGACAGUAAAGCGAAUUGAUGAUGGUCACAGACUUUGCAACGAUCUCAUGAACUGUAUUCAUGAACGUGCACGGAUAGAGAAGGUCUAUGCUCAGCAACUUACAGAAUGGGCAAAAAGAUGGAAACAACUGGUGGAAAAAGGCCCACAGUAUGGAACAGUAGAAAGGGCUUGGUGUGCUUUUAUGUCAGAAGCUGAAAAAGUGAGUGAACUACAUCUAGAAGUAAAAGGUUCACUGAUGAAUGAAGACUUUGAAAAAAUCAAGAACUGGCAGAAGGAAGCCUUUCAUAAACAAAUGAUGGGAGGAUUUAAGGAAACCAAAGAAGCAGAAGAUGGAUUUAGGAAAGCUCAGAAACCCUGGGCAAAAAAGCUGAAAGAGGUGGAAGCUGCAAAGAAAGCAUACCAUGCGGCCUGUAAAGAGGAGAAGCUGGCUAUAUCUAGAGAGACAAAUAGUAAAGCUGAUCCAGCGCUAAAUCCUGAACAACUCAAGAAAUUACAAGACAAAGUGGAGAGAAGCAAACAAGAUGUACUAAAGACAAAAGAAAAGUAUGAAAAAUCACUGAAAGAAUUAGAUAAUGCCACUCCUCAGUAUAUGGAAAACAUGGAGCAGGUAUUUGAACAGUGUCAGCAGUUCGAGGAAAAACGCUUACGUUUCUUUCGAGAAGUGUUACUGGAAGUUCAGAAACACCUUGACUUGUCUAAUGUUGCAAGUUACAAAAAUAUCUACCGUGAACUGGAACAGAACAUCAAAACUGCAGAUGCUGUUGAAGAUUUGCGGUGGUUCAGAGCUAAUCAAGGUCCAGGGAUGUCAAUGAAUUGGCCUCAGUUUGAGGAUGAUGAAUGGUCUGCAGAUCUGAAUCGCACCCUGAGCAGAAGAGAAAAGAAGAAAGCUUCUGAUGGAGUGACUCUGACUGGUAUUAAUCAGACAGGAGAUCAAGUUUCACAGCCUAACAAACAUAGCAGCAUUCUUAGUGUCCAGAGUAACACAGUGCAGUCAGUACAAUCAAGUUACAAUCCCUUUGAAGAUGAAGAAGAUACUGGGAGUACUGUCAGUGAAAAGGAGGACAAUAAGAUCAAAAAUGUUAGCAGCUAUGAAAAAAACCAAAGCUACCCUACAGAUUGGUCUGAUGAGGAGUCCAACAAUCCCUUUUCUUCCACUGAUGCAAAUGGAGACACCAAUCCAUUUGAUGAAGAUACUUCUCCUGCAAUGGAGGUGAGAGUGCGUGCACUCUAUGACUACGAGGGCCAAGAGCAAGAUGAACUCAGCUUUAAAGCAGGGGACGAGUUAACUAAAAUGGAGAAUGAAGACGAACAGGGUUGGUGCAAAGGACGUCUGGACAACGGGCAAGUUGGUUUAUACCCAGCAAACUAUGUAGAACCAAUCCAGUGACAAAAGACAAAGUUAAUACAGAAGCGUUACAAAAGCUCUGCAGGCCUGUACAGUAUAUAUUUAAACCAAGAGGAAGCUGAAUGAUGUAAAGAGUGUAUAUAUUUUCAUGAAAAGAAGAGAAAGCUCAAUACUGACAUUGUGGUGAUUUAAAGACAGAACAUAGAACUGAUUUCAUGUGGUUUUCACAACUUGUACACAAUGCAAAUGAAAGGGGUUAGAUGGGAAAAAAAAUACUGAUAGGAAAAAUACUUUUAAAGCUUUUUCUUUCCACGUGGUCUGUUAUUGUGACUCUUAAACAUUUCUGCAUUUUCUAUGCUUGUGCCUCAUCCUACCUGAGGUGUGUGGCUUAUGCUGGCUUUUGUUUAAUCAGUUACUUUAAGUGACCUUCAGUAACUUGCAACUUGAAUUUUUAAGAUUAUUCCAGUUAAUUUUCUAUUUGUUCUUAGCAGUGUCUGAAAGAUGCAGUAUUUUUUUAUUUAAAUGCUAUGUAGGUAAGCAUCUUUGUGUAUGCUUGAUCAUAUAAUACUUAAAUUAUGACAUAGAUUUAGUCAUCAGUUGACUGAAUGAAAACUCUUUCCAUGUUGUAGUGAUCUCUCAAUAUUGUCAGCAUGGCCCGAAGUUGUAAAACAGUUAUUAUAUGUAAUAACUAUCUGUUACAGAAGGUUAUUUGUAGCAGAGAUAUCUGCAGGUGUCAUGGAUUGGGAUUCUGUUAUGAAUGUUGUUUGUAUGGUUUGGCACUUAAAUGAGUUUUCCUUGUAGAUCUUAAGUAGCUCUCUAUAAACAAAGAGGUAAAUCAUACAUAAUCCCCAGAAUACUGUCUAUUUCCAGCACAUGUGCAGGAAAAAAAAUCCUAACUGUUAAUGGUUUUCUUUUGUGAUUUGAAAUGUUAAAUCUGUGAAGACUGAUAUCUUUUUUUUUUUUUUUUUUGAACAAAGAUUGUAAAAUAGACUAAAAUACUUUUUAUGAAGAGGCUAUCUGUUGUUUAUAUGUACAUACAAUUUGAUAUUCCAAAAUAUAAAGAGCAUGGCUAUUAGUUAUCAGAGCUUCUGAUGUGGAUAAGAUUUAGACUUCUAAGAGUUUAAAUUAUCGGUAUAUUUAAAUCUGCUUUCUUGCCAUAUUCAUUACUAUGCUACAGGCAAAAUAUUUUGUGAUUAGGUUUUUCAGAAGUACAAGAAACACGCUAACAUACUCAAAAUCUGUAACAUGGAUAAACUUGUGGGUCAACAUAUAAAGUAGCCCUAGUGCUUACAUGGAUUAUUGUAGCAGAACACUGUAAAAACUACAUUUGUUUGCAGUUACAGCUCAGUCGUCUGUAACAGUGCCAAAUAGUAUGCAUUUGUGACAAUUAAAACUGGGUUGUAAAUUACAGCAGAUUUGUGUUUUAAAAAAAUAAAUAAAAAUCAAGUAUCAGGUGAGUAGAUAUGCUACUUUAGGAAGCUACACUGUAAUGAAGCUAACAAAUCUAUUUUGAGGUAACUAUUAAACACUGUCGAUAGUCUUGGAUUUUAUCGUUUGCUUUUCAAAUGUAUAGAUACACUUAGUCAUAAUGUUCAGUGCAUUAAAUGUACAAGCUCUGAAAGUGGAUGUAUGUCUGUCUGUCAAGGAAAACUUAACAUAAUUAUUCUUUCACAAAAUGGUUAUUAAAUCUGUCAGGAAUUACUGCCUUGGGUCUCCAUGACAUAAUAUAUUUUAGAAAACAAUAAAAUCUGUUAAUCUCUUAAAUACACAGCAAGCACUUCAUCUUGCAAUGUAUGUAAAAAAUACUCUUAUAAAGCAAAUAGUCAGUACACUUGAUUGCAGUUCAGGAUGAGAAAAUCCGUAUUGUUGACAAGAGCCAUAAGGAUGGGCAUGGCAUUGUGCUGCUUAGUCAUGGUGCACAACAGCUCUUAGACACUGCAGCAAAAUGUUUAUGGAAGGAGAUUCAGGCCUUGUGUGGGCAUGCAAAAUGUACUACGAGUGUGCUUUCCAUGGUAUAGUCAAGUUUGGUAUAGAUUGUAUGAACAACAAACCUGCUUUUUUUUUUUGUUGGUUUUUUUUUGUAAUAUCUUGAGUCUCUUCUACCUUCUGUGAGAGAGGUGUUCUUGUUCUUUGGUUUUCUUUUUUGCUAACUGCCAGCAAUUAACAUAGUAGUGUUGGCUAGCAAUCACGAGAAGUUUGAUCUUGUCUCUUGCAUCAAUAAUUUUUAAUCUAAAUAAUCUAGUUCUUUCUGGGGUGUCAAAUUUAGUGACAUAACCAUAGAAUCUAAGUAGAAGCAAACACAGGAGUUCUCCAGUCCAAUGGCUGAUCUAAAGCACAGUCAAUUCUGCAUCCAGACUAGCUUGCUCAAGUCUUUGGAUUUGGUCUGGAAAACUUCCAAAGGCUGAUUUCCUCACCUCUCUGUUCAAGCAGUUACAAUGCUUAGCUAUCAUUAUUAUGGUGUUCUUUCUCCCUUGGCUUUACCUGCAGCUGGAACCUGUCCUAAUGCAAGACACUGCUGUGUCUUGUUCUGCUGUGCUUGAUGGAGCCUGGCUGGUGUCUUGGUAGCCUCUGCACUGCAGCUGGAAGGCUGCUUCUAGGACCCCCAGAGUCAUCUCUUCUCCGGGCUGAACAAGUUUUGGUUUCCUCAGCCUCACCUCACAGAGCAAGUGUUCUGUCUCCCCAUAAUUUGUCAAGAGAGUCUUUUUGGGGAAAAAUAGCAGGCUAUUUUAUUAGAAAAUGUGUAAAGAUAAGUAAUUCCUUAUCUAUAGUCCAAAGUUAUAUUAAAAUUCUUAAUUUGUUGUCUCUGAGGCUCUGUGAACUUGACACCAAAAUUUUAGCACAUUUUUUCCUCAAACUGCUAAUUCACUUGUGUCAUUUUCUAUUAUAUCCUACAAAUGUGAUGUACACAUACAAGAUUGUAAAAGCAAAGAUAAGCUCUCAAUGUAACCAUGUUAUCACUCAUAACGUCACGGUAUAACAAUCCAACACAUUGCUGUUACUCUUGUGGAGAUGUUGGCCUGAUGUAUUAAAACUGUUUUUGCAAUAGAUGGCCUGAA